AUGCUGUUUGCAGACGACGCUGCUUUAACCGCACUCACUGAGGAUACUUUACAGCGACUCAUUAUCACCUUUGCACGCGCUUGUAGCGAGUUUGGUCUCACCAUCAGUCACAAAAAGACCAACAUCCUUGGCCAAGACGUCAGCAGCAUCCUAAGCAUCUCCAUCGGUGACUACACUCUCGAGGUGGUGGAGGACUUCACUUACCUAGGCUCCACCAUUUCCAACAACCUCUCCCCAAACACUGAACUGAACAAAGGAAUUGCAAAGCAGAGAAGCACCAUCAGCACCAAGAUGAAGGUGCACUGCGGCCUGCGUGCCCAGCACCCUGCUGCAUGGUAG